AUGGAUCUAGAGGAGACUUUCAGGCGUUCGCUGUACACGAGUUAUGGAGAGAAUAAGUGUAUCUUGCUACCUAAGGACGAAUACAUUAAGAUUGUUGGCGAGUUGCUGGAAGCCACCCAGGCACCCAAGAAAUCACCGCGUCAGUUUUACUUGCUUAAGAAAUAUGAACUACUGCAGUGUGGGGACGUUCAAAAGCUCAUCAGAAAGAAGCCAAACCAGGAACAUCCACUGCACUUUGCUACCAUCGAGGAGACCUUUGACAUCAUCAAGCGCGCCCACAUCGCUACUGGUCAUGGAGGACGAGACAAGAUGAUCAAGGAGAUCAACAAGAAGUACGCCAACAUCACCCAGGAUGCUAUUACCGUGUUCAAGUCCAUGUGCAUCGAGUGCCAGAGAAAACGGAAACGGACAACUACCAAGGGAAUUGUCGUCAAACCAAUCCUGUCUAAGGACUUCAGUUCCAGAGCGCAAGUUGACCUCAUCGACAUGCAGUCUAUGUGCCAUGGUCAACACAAAUGGAUCAUGGUGUACCAAGACCAUCUUACCAAGUUCUGCAUCCUGCGUCCUCUCACUUCUAAGCAUGCAUCGGAAGUAGCUUAUCAGUUGCUGGACAUCUACCUUCUUCAGGGAGCCCCUUCAAUACUACAAAGUGACAACGGGUCCGAAUUCACAGCGCAAGUUAUCACAGAGUUGAAGCAGAUGUGGCCUGACCUCUUCAUCGUUCAUGGGAAGCCGAGACACCCCCAGAGUCAGGGUUCAGUGGACACAGCCAACUGCGGCAUAAAAGACAUGUUGAUUGCAUGGAUGACACACGGGACUGGACUGUUGGACUCAAUAUCCCAUCCAAACCCAGUCGAAGCAGAACCUGUACCAGUCUCACCCAUCUCUAUACGUCAGGAGGAAAUUAGGCUGCAGAGAGAGAGUGCCAGAGAUGCCCAGUUCCAGCAGGCAGAGAGAAUGGUCAAACGAAGUCGCAUUGUGUUUUCUAGUGUGCAAAUCAAAAGUAAUGUGACAGUGCCCAUUCCUUCGGUUGACAGAGGACGUGCAGAUCCUAGGAACAUCAUCGGAGUUGUGACAGAGUGCAGUGACAACGAGUUGUACACAAUUGCUGUAAAAGGAGGAAUAUUGGAUCGAAAGUAA